AGAUUUUAUUCGAGAAAUUCAACAUGGCUGCGCCCAUGGCAAGAUAACUAUGUUUGUUUAAAAAAACUAUUUUAAAAUGGACAGCCUUUCAAAGUCUAGGAGAAAGGCACUAAAAGUGUCGGUUGCAGCUCUCUGUACAGAAGUUGGCUUUGGAGUGGCAGAAGAAUCGGCUAUUGAAACACUCACAGAGAUGUUACAGAGCUUGCUAACAGAAAUAGGAAAAAGUUCAAAGGCCUACACAGAACUGUCUGGUCGAACGGAAGUCAUGGUUACGGAUGUCCUGACAGCACUCAUUGAUCAGGGGAUUCAUAUUGACUCAAUUCCUGCCUAUGCCAAUAGAGGGGGAAAAACUGUUCUUAUUUCACCUGUCCAGACUGCAGCACCUCCCAUACAGAAGGUCUUAUCAGCAGGGGAGAAUCAGCCCCACCCUGCCCACAUACCGGAACACCUGCCUCCCUUCCCUGACCCCCACACAUACAUACGCACAGAGAGUGGUACUCAACCUGUGUCAGAGUACCAGCUGAUCCGGGAAAAAGCUGCGUCUUACAAGCGUGACACUGAGAGGGCUCUUACAAGAUUUGUGGCCAAGACUGGAGAGACCCAGAGCCUCUUCAAGGAUGACAAUUCUCUAUUCCCAUUGAUUGCUGUGCAGACCCAUGCCCAGCCUUACCUAGCCGCCUUGCUGCCCAAGGACCAGGACCUUGACACCCUUGAGGCCUCUGACAUACAGGGGUAUGGACGCCAGGGCUCGGGUUCCCGUCCAGACCUGCCCGGCACAAGGGCUCAGAAGUCAGAGACAGUCGAUCCUGAACUCAUUGACAAUCCUUACCUGCAGCCCGUGAAACUGCCCAAGUAUAAGAAGUAUAAGAUCAGCUGAGUGUGAAUCUGGAAGCUUUACUGGGAACAAUGUCGGAAAAAUAUGUGAAUUUAUACUGACAAUGUGAGUGAUUGUCGAUGUUUGUGGACAUGGGUUUGUGUGCUUGUUUUGUUAACUCGGUUAACAAAUUCUUCAUAUUCACCAUCAGCAGUGACUAAAUUCUCCAAGCAUUUUAAAAGAAGGUUUAUGGAGAUUUCACAUUUUUGUUAAUUGCUUACACAGUUGUAUAAAAUAUUUGCUCUUAUGUGUUCAAGUUGAAAUUUCUGUGUAAUUUGUAACAUCUUUCAGGCAAAGCUUGCCGAAAUUAAUGUUACCUUGUCCACAUUUUAAAUAGUGAUUGACAAUGUUAUAUUAUGAAUACACACAAAUUCAAAGGGAUGACAUUUUAUGUUCACUCAUUACUGUUUACAAAUUGUGUUAUUGGACAGUUUUCCAAUGUUAUUGUGAACUAUGUCAAUAUAAAAAGGAAAAUUGUUUACAUUGCAAACAUUGAUUAUAAAUGUUUUGUUUUCAUUACAUUUAAUAUUUCA